ACUUCCAGGCCCCGCCCACCACCACUCUGGCCCCGCCCAGGCCUGGCCUCUCUGCUGCGCGCGCAGUUUCCUGCAGACCCGGAAGUGGAUCGCGUGGAGAGAUGGCGCAACUGCGGCGCGGACCCUUGACAUUCAGGGAUGUGGCAAUAGAAUUCUCUCAGGAGGAGUGGAGAUGCCUGGACCCUGCUCAGAGGACUUUAUACAGGGAUGUGAUGCUGGAGAACUACAGGAACCUGGUCUCCCUGGGAAUCUGUCUUCCUGACCUGAGUAUUAUCUCCACGUUGAAGCAAAGUAGAGGUCCCUGGAAUCUGCAGAGUGAAGUGAAAAUAGAGAACACUCCAGAUGGCAGGGAAUGCAUCAAAGAGAGCAGCUCUAAAUUGGGAAGCAACACAGGAAACAAAUCUCUUAAAAAUCAACUUGGAUUGACCUUUCAGUUACAUCUGAGUGAACCGAAGCUAUUUCAAGCUGAAAGAAAUAUUUCUGGAUGUAAACAUGUUGAAAAACCUAUCAACAACAAUUCCUUAGUUUCACCACUUCAGAAAAUUUAUUCUAGUGUCAAAUCCCACAUUUUAAAUAAAUAUAGAAAUGAUUUUGAUAAUUCUCCAUUACUCCCACAAGAACAAAAAGCACAAAUUAGGGAAGAACCUUGUGAAUGCAAUGAGCAUGGCAAAGUCUUUAGAGUGUCUUCAAGACUUGCUAACCAUCAAGUAACCCAUACUGCAGAUAACCCUUACAAAUGUAAUGAAUGUGGCAAGGUCUUUAGUAGUAGUUCAAACCUUGUGCAACAUCAAAGAAUUCAUACUGGAGAGAAGCCUUACAAGUGUCAUGAAUGCGGCAAGCUCUUUAAUAGAAUUUCACUCCUUGCACGACAUCAGAGAAUCCAUACUGGAGAGAAACCUUACAAAUGUAAUGAGUGUGGCAAAGUCUUCACUCAAAAUUCUCACCUUGCAAAUCAUCACAGAAUCCAUACUGGGGAGAAACCUUACAAAUGUAAUGAGUGUGGCAAGGUCUUCAGUCGAAAUGCACACCUUGCACGACAUCAAAAAAUUCAUAGUGGAGAGAAACCUUACAAAUGUAAUGAAUGUGGCAAAGCAUUUUCAGGGGGUUCAGGCCUUACUGCCCAUCUUGUAAUUCACACUGGAGAGAGACUUUACAAAUGUAAUAAAUGUGGCAAGGUCUUCAGCCGAAAUGCACACCUUACCAGACAUCAAAGAAUCCAUACUGGAGAGAAACCUUAUGAAUGUAAAGAAUGUGACAAGGUCUUCAGGCAUAAGUUUUGUCUAACCAAUCAUCUUAGAAUUCACACUGGAGAGCAACCUUACAAAUGUAACGAAUGUGGCAAAGUCUUCAGUUACAAUUCACACCUUGCACAACAUCAGAGAAUACAUACUGGAGAGAAACCUUACAAAUGCAGUGAUUGUGGCAAGGUAUUUAGUCGACUUUCAUGCCUUACACGACAUCAAAGAGUUCAUACUGGAGAGAAGCCUUACAGAUGUAAUGAAUGUGGCAAGAUCUUCAGGCGUAGGUUAUCCCUAAGCAGCCAUCAGAAUAUUCAUACUGGAGAGAAACCUUAUAGAUGUAAUGAAUGUGGCAAGGAAUUCACUCGAAAUUCAAGCCUUGCAAUUCAUCACAGAAUCCAUGCUGGAGAAAAAUCUUACAAAUGUAGUGAAUGUGGCAAAGUCUUUAGUCAGAAUUCACACCUUGCACGACAUAGGAAUAUUCAUACUGGAGAGAAGCCUUACAAAUGUAGUGAAUGUGGCAGGGUCUUCAGCCACAAGUUAUACCUAACAAAACAUGAGAGAAUUCAUACUGGAGAGAAACCCUACAGAUGUAAUUAAUGUGGUAAAGACUUCACUAGAAAUUCAAACCUUGCAAAUCAUCACAGAAUUCAUACUGGAGAGAAGCCUUACAGAUGAAAUGUGUGUGGUAAGAGCUUUAGUCAUAAUUCACACCUUGCAUAGCAUGAGAGAACUGAGAGAAUGCAUUCAUGAGAGAGUUCUUACAAACUGAGUAUGGCAAAUUCUUCAUCAUUAGUUCCAGCAUUAAUCAACAUCAGAGAUUCCAUACUAAAGAGAAAUUAUAUCAAUGUAUGUGACACAGGUCUCUUGAGGCCUGCCAAAUGACUAGACAUCAAAGCACAUCUUCGAUAAAACCACACAGAUGGAUUGUGUAUGCUGAGGCUAUUAUUUAAUGACCAUUACUAUGGAACAUAAGAAUUACACAAGCAAUAACUUAGUCUCUAGUUCUCCGAUAUUUAUGAUAUUGCAUGUCACAGAAAAAUUACAGCUCAAAAUAUGUGGAAUCUCAUGAUGUGGUGUAUGUCAAGGUUCAAGGGCAUGUGGAAAUGGUCAGUUAUAUUCCGGCAAUUAACCUAAUUAUACGGGGUUUUUUGAAAA